UAAAAAAGAAGUUAUUGAUGUUCUUCAGGGUCAGGGAAAAAGUGAAAACUUUGUCUGAAAAUCAGGGAAAAACAAAAUUAAGGUUUUAUGGCAACCCUGUAAUUAAAUAAUUGAAAAUAAAAGAAACGAUUCUAUGUACAACUUAAAAGAAAACCAAAGUGAUAAUUACCUACAAUGUUUCAAUAUUUAAAAAUAUAAAUAAAAUAUUUUUCUAAAGAAAAAAGUAAUAUUAUCAAUAUUUCCAUUUUAAUAUUAUUUAUCAGACAAUUAAGUUCAAUCGCAACUUGAUAAAAAAACAUUUUGUUUUCAUAAUUCUUAUUUUAGUAAAUAAAUAUUUUUAUAUCUAAAAAAAUAAAUUUUGUUAAUAUAAUUUUUACUAAAGUGUCGUCUACAGAUUUUCAUUCUAUGUCCUAUUCCAUAUAGAAUUAAAAAAAAUUAAUCUUUUGAAUUUUCAUAUUCUAAUUUAUAUUAAUUAGUUCGAAUUUUUAUUCCAAAUAUGCUAAAUGGUUUUAUGUGAAAAAUUACUACGUCAAAUAAGAUUUCGAGAAAAUUCAUUCAUACCUUUCUAGUGAAUAAUAUAUAGACGUUUUUUUCUAAGAUAUACGUUUUAAAUUUAAUUGCUCCUUGUUAAUACCAUUUUUUAAUUAAUUAAAAAACAAUACAUAUUUUUAACUUUAUUUAUCACAAUUCCGACUUUAAUCGCAAAUAGAUAAAAUAAUGUAAUAAAAAAUUAUAUAAAUUUUUUUAUUCACUCUGAGUAAUGUCAUAAGCGUAGACAUAGUAUUUAAACUACAGCGAGCACUGAACAUUGUCAGUAAUAAAACAACUUCGUAGAAUCGAACAUCAGCACGCGACUCUUUAAAUUACGUGAUUAAGAUAUUAAUCGAAUAUUCUAAUCUAAUAUCGUUUAAAAACACAUAAAAAAAUGCUAACAGUGUGCUUACUAAUAUUAACACUUAUAAUCGGUGUACUUAUAGCCCUAAUUUUACUUUCGCAUCGACAUAAUAUAAAUUAUUGGCGUAAAAAAGGAUUAGUUUCCUACGUCAAACCGGUGCCAUUCUUUGGGAAUUUCUAUUCAAUGACAUUUAAAAAACAGUCAAUAACUGAUUUUACAAAAGAAAUCUAUAACUCUUUUCCCGAAGCAAAGUAUACCGGAAUGUUACAAUUCAAUUUACCAACACUAGUCCUGAGGGAUCCUGAACUAAUAAAAGAUGUUUGUAUAAAAAAUUUCGAGCAUUUCACAGAUCAUCGAAAUUUUGUUCCCGAAGAUGCGGAUCCAUUGUUUGGAAGAAUGGUAUUUUUUCUAAAAGGUGAAAAAUGGCGGGAAAUGCGAAACACUCUAACCCCAUCGUUCACGGGAAGUAAAAUGAAAUUUUUAUUCGAAUUAAUAUCAAAAUGUUCAAAUGAUUUUGUUCAAUAUUUCCUUAAACAUCCAAAUGAGGCGAGCAGUGUUGAAAUGAAGGACACAUUUACGCGUUACGCCACUGACAUAAUUGCCACAACAGCCUUUGGAAUUACUGUCAAUUCAAUGGAGAAUCGUGAUAAUGAAUUCUUUCAACGAGGAAAAGAGGCCGUUGAUUUUAACAGUGUUACACGACUUAUUAAAAUAAUAGCCCUGACAAUGUUCACAAAUAUCAUGAAAUUCAUAGGCGAACCAAUAAUGUCACGUUCAACAACAAGAUUUUUCCUCAAUAUUGUUCGCGAAACGAUAAAAAUAAGAAAUGAAAAAAAUAUCACCCGUCCCGAUAUGAUACAUCUUCUAAUGAAAGCCAGCAAUACUGAGAAAGGUGAAAAAAUGUCAAUUAACGACAUUGCUGCACAAGGACUAAUUUUCUUUCUCGCCGGUUUUUCCACAUCGGCAACAGUAAUGGGUUUUAUUGUUCACGAGCUCGCUAUUAAUACCAAAAUACAGGAAAAAUUACGCAAAGAAAUUGAUCAUUUCACAGAGGAAGGAGAAAUAACCUACGAUACUCUAUUCAAGAUGAAAUAUCUAGAUAUGGUACUGUCGGAAACACUGAGAAAAUAUCCCGCGAAUGGAAUGAUUGAUCGUGUUUGUGUAAAAUCAUUUACUUUGCCAAAAGCUACAAACGAUAGUGAAGAAUUCUUAGUUGAACCAGAUACAAUAUUAUGGCUGCCUAUUUACGCAUUACACCACGAUCCAAAGUAUUUUCCCGAUCCGGAAAAAUUCGACCCCGAAAGAUUUAGUGAUGAGAAUAAAGAUAAUAUUAAUCCCUACGCUUAUAUCCCUUUUGGACUAGGUCCGAGAAAAUGUAUUGGUGAUCGAUUCGCACUAAUGGAGAUAAAAAUUUUGAUUGUCCAUCUAUUGCAAAAUUUUGUCAUCGAAAGGGAAGAACGAACGAAACAUCCUAUUGUAUUUGAGAAAAAUUUUCUUGUCAUUCCUGAUGGUGAUGCUUGGGUGAAAUUUGAGAAGAGGACGGACAAAAUUCAUCAUAAUAGAUUAGAGUAAUUGUA